CACGUGGCCCGCCGGGAGGCUCCGGGCGCCCUUGGAAGUCCCGGCGGCGGCGGGUCAUGGCCGGCCCCAUGCAGGGCGGCGGGGCCAAGGCCCUGGACCUGCUCCGGACCCUGCCGCGUGUAAGCCUGGCCAACUUGAAGCCGAGUCCCGGCUCCAGGAAACCGGAGAGACGACCAAGAGGUCGGAGAAGAGGUAGAAAAUGUGGGAGAGGCCAUAAAGGAGAAAGGCAGAGAGGAACCAGGCCUCGCCUGGGCUUUGAGGGAGGCCAGACUCCGUUUUACCUACGAAUCCCGAAAUAUGGGUUUAACGAAGGACAUAGCUUCAGACGCCAGUAUCAGCCCUUUAGUCUCAACAGAUUGCAGUAUCUUAUUGAUUUGGGUCGCGUUGAUCCUUCUCAACCUAUUGACUUAACCCAACUCAUCAAUGGGAGAGGUGUGACGAUCCAGCCACUUAAAAGGGAUUAUGGUGUCCAGCUGGUCGAGGAGGGUGCUGACACAUUUAAGGCGAAAGUUAAUAUUGAAGUCCAGUUGGCUUCAGAACUAGCUAUUGCUGCAAUUGAAAAAAAUGGUGGUGUUGUGACUACAGCCUUCUAUGAUCCAAGAAGUCUGGAAAUUCUAUGCAAACCUGUCCCAUUUUUUCUUCGUGGACAACCUAUUCCAAAAAGAAUGCUUCCACCCGAAGAACUGGUACCGUAUUACACUGAUGCAAAGAAUCGUGGUUAUCUGGCAGAUCCUGCGGAAUUUCCUGAAGCAAGACUUGAACUUGCCAAGAAGUAUGGUUACGUUUUACCUGACAUCACUAAAGAUGAACUCUUCAAAAUGCUCUGUACUCGAAAGGAUCCAAGGCAGAUUUUCUUUGGUCUUGCUCCAGGAUGGGUGGUGAAUUUGAUAGAUAAGAAAAUCCUGAAACCUACAGAUGAGAAUCUCCUCAAGUAUUACAGCUCAUGAGUUCCCCUCCAAGAAAGCAGAGUUGAGAAGGAGGGACAGAAAAGGAACCAGAAGAUCUGUAUUUCUCAUUGCAUUUUCCUCAUGUGUAGUUCUCCAGAAGUUGAUGUUAGUUUUCAGUGUAAUCCUAUCUUUUUCAUUUUCAUCUAAAAUUCAAGUAAAAUUACAGGAAGUAAGAAGUGCAUAGAGAACUGAGUCUAUGUAGGUUCUGUGUCAAAGAUAUAAAUUCUCUGGUGGCCUGUGGAAGGAAAAUUAUAACUAUUUUAGAAUAUUUCUAGUCUGUUUCUUCAUGCUUUUCACUCAGGCCUUGUCUUGUUACUGUCAUAAUUUAGGAUGAACGCCCAAGGGAGAGGGAUUGAUUUGUUGGCCAGCUCUGCCAGGGUUAGAACAGAUACUGAUGAGUUGGUGGCCCUUCUUAUUCAGUGACCUUAGGGAAGCCCUGCUACCCGGUGUCAGGAUGGUGACCCGUUAGCUUCUAAAGAAUGAGAUCAGGAAUGUGAGUUUAAGGUUUAACGCUGGGGAACAGCUUCUGUGUAGUAUAUUUGCUACCACAUCAAAGACGAGAGAAAUAAAAAUUACAAGUGAAUUUAUCUUCACAACUGUGUGAUAAAAGAAGAUAAUAAUGAUCAAGCCAUUAACAUUUUUUCUUUAAGAUGGUAAAUUGCAAUUUUAGUUGAUACAAUUUUUACUUAUUCAGGCAUUGGAGACCUUUGUCAUUUAGUCAUUUCACAUGGUUUUCAAAUAAUUUUUAAAAUAUUAUGUAAGUAAUAAAAACAAGUGGUAAUGUGAAAAUUUAAUGUAAAAGGUUAAGAUGUUAGUAAGGUUAUUUAGCGCUUGAAAGGUCCUUUUUUCCAAAUCAUAUGAAAGCUUAAUUUACCUCGUACAAUUAAAGAUUUAUCUUGAUAAUUAAUGAUAAUUCUUCCACAGUAGAAAUCAAAUGAUUCUUGGCUGUUUAUUUUAUUAAGUUAAAAUAAAAAACCUAAACAAUGCAA